UUCUUAAAAGGUGAAGGACGGACUGCAUUUCAAAGUCAAGGCGAAGGAUAUGGAGGCAAAACGUGAGCAGGAAGGCAAGAUUGAGGUCGAACUUGAACUGAAGAUCAAAUCGGCAGAGAAGGAGAAGUCCAAGCAUAAGGAGGAACAUAAAGAAAAAGAUAAGGAUAAAUCAAAGGAGAAGGAAAAGAAGACAGAAGAUGAUCUAGGGGGAAAACUCAAGGAUAGUGAAGUUGGGGAGACGAAGAAAAUGGAGAAGGAGAAGAUGCACAAUUAUGAAGAACAUGAUGAAAUGAAAGAUAAAAAGAGAAAACAGAUAAGGAAACGGACGGUAGAACAAGAUGAAGAGAAAGAAAGAGAGAAAAAAGACAAGGAUGAGAAGGAGAAGAAAAAGAAAAGAAGCACAAGAAAAAGGAGGUCGAGGGAGAAGGAGAUGAAGUGA